AAUUGAGCAAAGUGGUCACGUUUAACACAGAUUUUUUCUCGAGUACCUCAAGAGAAUGAGUAAAGAUAAACAAAACGAACGACUUCGAUAGCGAAUAAUUGUGUCAAAUUGGAAUCGGAUUGAGUUCGGAGUGUUUGUGUGUCCACGUAAAUGGUGUAUUAGUUGAUACAAGGAAUAUUUCUGAGUACAAACCAAAAUGCCGUGUUGGUAUUAUGAUAAAAAAGAUUUGCGAGGCACAGUGUCGAUCCGUGAAGGGCUGGAUUACGAAACCGAGCGACGGUAUCGAAAAGAAGGCGCGCGAUUCAUCAUGCAAUGUGGCACGGCCAUGGGAUUGGGCCAUAACACAGUUGCAACUGGCGUUGUGUAUUUUCACCGUUUCUACAUGUUUCACUCGUUCAAAACAUUUCCACGAUACGUAACAGCAUGCUGUUGCCUCUUUUUAGCAGGGAAAGUCGAAGAGACACCCAAAAAGUGCAUGGAUAUUAUAAAAACAGCACGCACACUGCUUCAGGAUAACAAAUUCAAGUCAUUCGGUGAUGAUCCGAAGGAAGAAGUGAUGACACUGGAACGAAUUUUGCUACAAACAAUUAAAUUUGACCUUCAAGUCGAGCAUCCGUACAAUUUUCUACUGAGAUACGCCAAGUGCUUGAAGGGUGACAAAUCAAAACUACAGAAAAUGGUACAAAUGGCAUGGAAUUUCGUGAACGAUUCAUUGAGUACAACGGUUUGCCUGCAAUGGGAACCAGAGAUCAUAGCAGUGGCAAUGAUUCACUUGGCUAGCAAAUUGAGUAAAUUCAUUGUUGACGACUGGGAUGGACGACGACCAAACCAUUUGCGAUGGUGGGACAUGUUUGUUGCUGACAUUACAAUGGAAAUACUGGAAGAUAUUUGCCAUCAAGUACUUGAUUUGUAUCAGCAACCAAAUCCAACAGGUGCUGAGAGUCCGCCUCAAUUACCUGCGAGUAAAGCAAGUCCACCAACUACGAAACGCAUUCCGAGUUCUCCAGUUAUCAAAAAACAAUCCCCAAAUACAGUACCAUUACAGGCACCGACACAGACGCAGACACAGACACAAACACAGACACAGCCCACCGCUAAACCAGUCGUUACUCCGGCGGUAGUAGCUCCAGUACAAACGGUUGACAGUUCAUUGGAUAAUCAACCGAUUCCGAAAUUGAUCACAACGAACGAAAAUGUCCAUUAUUCAUAUGCGUCGUCGUACGGAUCAAUAUACGCGCAACAACAAUACCACAAUGUCACUGCGGGUCAGAUGCCUGCCGCACCAGCGAUGCAUCCGCAAAAUAACAUGUAUGCAGCACCAAAUCAGUAUGCUCAGGCAUCAAUGCCACCAUCAAUUCAACCGGCCACCAUGCAACAAUUUCAACAAUCGAAUCCAGCUGCAGCUUAUUAUCAACCACCUCCACCUCCAUCCGGCUCUAGAAACUAUUACCAUGGUCCAACGUGAAAACAUUCGAAUCGAACACGAUCUCAAUGCCACAACAGACCAAUAAUGUAAUGUUUACUGAAUAGUAUUCCGUUUUCUUAUUCGGCCACACAUUGAAAAUUCGAAUUUUUUUUUCUAUUUGAGGUUACUAAUUUUAAACGAAGCAUUGAACUGAUGUUUUUAAAUUGCAAACAAUGAUCACAUUCAUUUCUUUCAAUAAAUCGUUGUUGGAAGCAAAAAA